UAGGAUAUGACUUCAGGUGUCGUCCGGGGGAAGCUCACCUUUCUACACCCAAGACCUCCUUGCAGCUUGAACAACACCUUUGCUUUGGACUUUCUACCCUUUAGCAACAGACACAACUCACCCUCAUACCCACCGUCCCCACCUCCACCCACGAUGGAAAGCAAGCAAGAAGCCCCUACAACGGCCCUGCCCACGACCAGCAGUAGCGGCAUGGGUGCUUCGCACCGUCGCUCGAGCAGCGGCAUCUCGGACGACGCGGCCAAGUCAGCCCACGACUUCAUGGCCGGCACCAUCCGCCGCUCGUCCAGCGGCGUGACUGACGACGCCGCCCGCGCCGCCCGCGACUUUGUGCGCUCCUCCUCCGCCUCCAACAAGGCCCCCGGCCUCAGCGACGACCUGACCCAGAAGAUGCACAACUUCAUGGAGGGCCCCGCCACGCACCGGGAGAGCCACAGCAAAUACCUGCCCGACGUCACCCUGCCGGGCAUCACGGACGAGGUCGUCGAGGAGGCCGUCGAGUUUGUGGACGCCGUCGAGAAGACCGCCCCAAAGGCUUGAAACUUUCAGCAAGGUAAUACUUCUCGAGACCAUAUGUUGGUGGGAUUGUACAAAAAUAUAUAUUGGGGAUAGCUUUUGUCGAGUGCUUGCAUGGAUUGACUAGUUAGGGGAGAGUUCCUUGUAUGACCAGAUUGCCAACUAAACCAUCAAAAGGGAGGGCGCGAUGCGUUGUGUUUGUGUUGUUGGCGUUGGUUAUCGGUGUUUCCUCGUUAUGUUCAUGUGUCGAAGACCGUCCUCCCCCUUUUACCAAAAAUGGUCCAUUGGGAGAUAUGGACAACAUGUAUCGCUAAAAAAAAAGGUCAUAUUAUACUCGCUAUUUAACCCUCCAAAAGUGC